CGUUUCUCACACAUACAUUCAUAGCCAGUGUCUUUACAUCACUUGAGCUUCUCAGGCGUUCUACUCUGUUGACGCUAAAGCCUAGCAGUCCAAUAUAUCAAUCAUUAUCAUCAUGAAGUUAUCUCAUAUCAUCUCCGUAAUUUUCUUGGUUGCAGUUAUCUGUAUACAGUCUGGUUUCGGAAUCAAAUGUUAUGAAUGCAACUCUUUCCACCAGCAAGAUUGUGGAGAUCAUUUUCAAAAUACAACCUUUCGCUUGGUGACUUGUGAGGGUGAUCUAUGCCGAAAAAUUGUACAGACAGUCAAAAUUGAUGAUAAGUGGCAGGCCCGUUAUAUCAGGCAAUGCGCUAAGGACGGCGAAAUUGGUGCCCGAGAAGGACGUGAGUGCAAAGAUAGAAUUGGUACAAAUGGAAUAAAAAUGAGAUACUGUCAUUGUAACAAUAUGGAUGGUUGUAAUUCUGCAAAUUCCUGGAAUGUACCCUUUGUUCUCAUGACAACUGCCUUUGUUGGACAAUACAUAUGGCAAAAACUAUAAUUAGAUGCAGAUUUUUUAUGUUUUUAUUUUUUCCUCUCCACUUAUGCUAGGACCGAAGAUUUUUUUUAAAUAAAAAAAACCUUAGUUGCAAAACUAAAAACAAAAAUUAUAUCUUUUAUUGAUUAUUAUUUUUUUAGCAUUUAUAAAACAGUAUUAUCACUUAGAAAAGUAUAAGAACAUAUAAAAAUAUCUUUUGUGUCAUAAUUUCCAAUUUGGCUUAUAUGUAGCAUUCCAUACACCA